AAAACAAAUACUGUUGCGUGAGAAACAUCAAACCCACUGAUAUUUAUAUAGAAGAGAGCCAUUUAAGGUUUUAACAAAAGAAAGAAAAAAAAUCAAAGGAGAAGGAGAAGAAGAACAAGAUGAGGUUUGUGCUUGUUCAUGGUGUCUGCCACGGCGCUUGGUGUUGGUACAAGAUAAUACCACAUCUCAAGGCUGCUGGUCACAGCGUUGUUGCAGUGGAUCUAGCUGCGUCGGGGAUAAGCACGGUCAAAGUGGAAGAGAUCCAGAGUUUAAAAGAUUACUCCAAACCCUUGCUUGACUUUCUGGAUGACGAGGAAGAAGAUGAUAAGGUGAUUAUUGUUGCUCAUAGCAUGGGAGGAAUACCGACUGCUCUGGCUGCCGACAUCUUCCCUCAUAAGAUCGCUGCUAUUGUCUUCUUGACAGCUACUAUGCCUGACACCAAGAACCCUCCUUCCUACCCUUUUGAAAAGUUUGUCCCGAACCUACCACAAGAAGAGUUGUUGGACUUGGAGUUUCGCAGCUACGAAACACAUGUUCCUCCUUUGCGUACUGUAAUUUUCGGACCAAAGUUCAUGGCCAAGAACUUAUACCAGUUAUCUCCUGUACAAGAUCUUGAAUUGGCGAAACUGUUGGUAAGGGAAAACCCUGCGUUAGCUACGGACAAUCUUUCAGGAACAAAACCAUUUACUAAGGAAGGGUACGGAUCGGUAACACGAGUUUAUAUUGUCUGUGGGGAGGAUAAUCAGAUACCUGUGGAAUCCCAGCGUUUGAUGAUCAACAACUUUCCACCUAAUGAAGUGAUGGAGAUCAAAGGUGCAGAUCAUAUGGCAAUGUUCUCCAAGCCUCGAGAACUCUGUGCUCGUCUCUUAGAAUUCGCAGAUAAAUAUGCAUAAAGAUUGUAACUGCGUAAUCUUACGAUCAACUUCAGCUUCUUACCAUCAGUAUUAAUCAAAGGUGUUGUUUAAAUAAUGUUGUCUUCUUAGGCAUGUUUCUAUCUGCUACUUCCAUAGACAGGGUCAAAUGUAAUAAUAAAUCCACCCACAUCCAAUAAUGUCAUUAACAA